CAACUUCCCAACCCUGGAACCGGCUCGUCCGCUCCGACACAUCACUCCGCCGUACCUGUCACUCAUUGGCCACAGGAAGUCCAACGCUCGCUGGUGCUGUUCCGCCUUCUGCUGACUGCCAGGCGGCCGCUGGACCCGGACCCGGAGCUAAUGUCGAACCAUUGAAUGAAAAGUCAGCGCACCAGCGGGCUGUAGCCAAGCAGCCACCGGCCUCCGACACACCGACACUAUCUGCACUCUGUCCCCGUGGUGUGGACGCCUGGUGCCCGGCAGAAGCGAGCUCACGCAGGCCGGCUGAAGACAUCCGUGGACGGGGGGAAGGACCGGGCUGUGUGUGUGGCGAUGCAGCGGCUCACGGCGCAGCUCGUGGUCGGGCUCCUCGCAGCGCUGCUGGCGGAGCGGAGCUGCAGGGCGGACGGCGGCGGGGGCCCGAGCCUCUCCGAGCGGGUGAUCUGGGCUGUGAACGCCGGGGGGGACACUCAUGUGGACGUGCACGGCAUCCACUUCAAGAAGGACCCGCUGGAGGGGAAGGUCGGCAAAGCGUCAGAUUACGGGAUGCGCCUGCCGAUCCUGCGCUCCAGCCCGGAGGAUCAGGUCCUGUAUCAGACGGAGCGCUACAACGAGGACACGUUCGGAUACGACAUCCCGAUCCGAGACGAGGGAGACUACAUCCUGGUGAUGAAGUACGCGGAGGUUUACUUCGCCCAGUCGCAGCAAAAGGUGUUUGACGUCCGUCUGAACGGACACACGGUGGUGAAGGACCUGGACAUCUUCGACCGCGUGGGUCACAGCACCGCCCACGAUGAGACCGUCUCCUUCUCCAUCAGGCGCGGCAAGCUGAGCGUGCAGGGCGAGGUGUCCACCUUCAACGGCAAGCUGACGGUGGAGUUCGUAAAGGGUUACUAUGACAACCCCAAAGUGUGCGCUCUGUACGUCAUGAAGGGGACGCUGGAAGACGUGCCCAAACUCCAGCCUCACCCCGGCCUGGAGAAACACGAGGAAGAGGACGAAGACGAGGAGGAGACGGAGGGCGGCGAGGAAGGCGGGAAGAAAAAAGUCCCGCCGGGUUCGAAGUUACAGGUCCGGUCCGGCCCGCGAACACCGAACCCGUACGCCGCCGACAACAGCAGCCUCAUGUUCCCCAUCCUGGUGGCGUUUGGCGUGUUCAUCCCGACGCUGUUCUGCCUCUGUCGGCUGUGAGCGGGCGACGGAGGCGGGCGGAGACGCGUCCGUCUGACGUGAGACUAUGAAGACGGAGGGGGCGGGGUCAGGGGGCGGGGUUAAGGUGACAUCAGCACAGGUAAAGCAAACACAGAGGACAAAAAAAAAAAAAAAAAAAAAAGACGACUGAGGACAAAUACUUUUGAAGUGAACGCCGCGGUCUGAUUGGAGGAGGAGGAGGUGCGCUUGUUUUGUGAAUGUUUCCACCCCUGCUGACCGGAUCUUCACGGUUUGAAGCCACAUUUCAGCAGCUAACGGGGACGCUCGGUCCGAGCCCGCCCUGACGUUUUUUUUAUUGUUUUGUACCGGGUGUAGCGAGGAGGUGGAGGAAGCCCUCCGACACUCCUUCAGCGGAAGGUGGUGCUGCGUAGAAAUUGGUUGCAUAGAUUGAAGCCGUGAGUGACGGUUGGUGGAAACACAGUUGCCAUUUUUUCUUCAACUUUUUUUAUUUUUGUGUCUUUUCUUCGUCGACGUGCCAUCAUCAUCUACGCCAUAAACUGUUGGAUUGUUUUUCUCUCUGCUGUCUACGUCCACUCGCCUUUUACGUACAUGACGCUUGUUCAAUGCACCUGAUGCCUAAUGUUAGCGAAAUGCUAGCUAACUAGCUAGCUAAUGCUAUCACGGCUAACUAAUGGUUAAUGGAAAUUGGCCGGCUAGUUGCGUCGGCUAGACGACGUUACCAUACGCUAGCUAAAUCAGAUUGAUGUUACCUAGCUAGUAAGCUAGUGUUUUGCUAACAUUAGCUAUCUACAUCAUCUACAUAGCAAAUAUCAGCAAAGUUAACAUUAGCCAUCAGCUAGCUAUCAUUGACGUAGAUUAGCUAAAUAGUUAACUGCUAGCUAACUAGUCGUGCCUGAUAGCUAAUGUUGGCAAAAUGCUAGCUAAAUCUCUUGAUACAUAACUAAAGAUUGGUGUAAUUUAACUAGCUAGCUAAAGCUAUGUGUGAAUUGGCUGGCUAACCUAGCAUUUUGCUAACAAUAUCAAAUGUGACUAGCUAAUCUGCAUCAGUUGAUAGUGAGCUACGUACAUCUGAUGGCUAGCUGCUGUAAAUUAGCUAAUUAAUUAGCUAGUGUUUUUGAUAAAAAAAAAAAAAUAGCAAUCAGAUGUAACUAGCAUCAUUGACGUAGAUUAGCAAAACGCUAAGUUACAUCAGUCGUUAUCUAGCGUUAACUAGCUUGUUACAUGUGGUAGCUAAUGUUAACAAAACGCUAACUAAUGGUUGAUUUAAAUUAUCAGAUGUAACUAGCCGGCUAACCGUGGUCAUCAGUUAGCCGUCGGUUGUUUAAUGCACAAACAGACGUCUCUGAUCUUCUUUGUUUGUUUUUUGUUUUUUGUUUUUCGUCUCGUUACAAAGUGAGAAUGUCGAAACGUUUAGCGAGCGGCAAAGUUUACGCUGUGAAACGCUCGAGUGACUCUCGCUCGCUCAUCGUUUGCACGCUGCCUUUUUUUAUUUUGCCAAAGAAUGUUUGUUUGUUUGUUUGUUUGUUAGCAUAAGAGAGCCUGUUUUUGAUUUGACGAAAACUAACCUGACCUCUCUGAAGCCCCGCCCCCCCUUUGCCUCGAUGCUCCAAUCACAGUUGAGCAAAGUCAACUUCCCCCUUUCCUGUACGUAGAUAUGCUACGUGUUAGCGCACGACUAUAGGCACGUCUUAAGGUGGCUAAUGUUAGCAAAGUGCUAGCUACAUCGGACUCGGCUAGCAUUUCGCUAACAUUAGCUUCAACUCUAGCUAACGUAGCAUGUUUACGUUCCGGAAAGGAGGAGGUUGACUUGCUCAAAUGUGAUUGGAGCACAGAGGAAAAGGGGGCGGGGCUUGGCAGGGUUCAGUUUAGUUCUGGAGUAAGACUGGAGGACAUUUUGUUUGUUUCUUGUCUGAUGAGCCGCUAGCGUCGCGCUGUCCUCCGUUUUGUUUGAAUCUGGUCCUCAAAGUUCAUCCGGAGAGACGAGAAAGCACAAACAAUCAGGUGUUUACGGAGUCUGUUGUCUCGUAACGUGGACCGUACCAUUUCUGUUCAUUCAAUGUCAACUUUCAGUGCAAUUAAGCUAAGCUACAUUUUACCUUUGAGUUAGCAAAUCCUCGUCAGCUAACGGCUAAAAUGACUAGCAUCUAUCAGAUGUAACUAGCUAGUUAGCCUACAUCAAAUGAUAGUAAAACUAAUGUUGAUUAGAGUUCGGUUUAAGUUAAUUAAGUAGUUUUAAACAUGAAUUGCUAACGAGCUGUUUACAUCUGAUGGCUGAUGCUAGCUGAGGAUUAGCUAACUAGCUUCUUCGCUGAACUCUUGAGGACGGUUUUGUAACUUUGUCUCACUGAUGCGUCUUAAACGUCACGUGACCUCCCUGAACAGUGUCGCUGUCGCCAAACCAACGCAGCGCUACGUAACAAACGUACCAAUUCAGGCGGCGUGGAUCGCUCCUCGAUUCUCCUUCCUGUUUCCUGUUGGGGCGAGAACUCUUCAGUCGGUCGGUCAGUCUGUGUUUUUUUUUUUUGUUUGUUGUUUUAUUUAAGAGAUUUCCUCUGAAGAUUUAACUGAGCACCAAAGUCACCGUGUUCUGAUCCGAGCUGCGUCUGUAUAUAACGGUACGAAGAUCGCACUUUUUAGCGUGCGAUCACCUUUUUUUGUUUGUUUUGUUUUUUGCGUUGCAGCCGAGGUGUUCGGGGUUUUUUUGUUUUUUUAAUUUUUCUCCUGAGGAAGUGGCCUUUUCUUCUUCUGGGGGACGAACGGUUUGUUGGUACAGAGUUUAAAAUAAAAUAAAUACAUUUAGUGUGCGGUUAUAUAAUAAUACAUCAGUCUUUAGUUAGCUAGCUGCUUACAUCUGAUGGCUAACGGCUAACAGCUAGCUAAGCUACAUGAGUUGAUAGUAAGCUAUCUCACAGCUAAUAUUAGAAACAGGCUAGCUAUCGAUUGAUGUAGCUUAGCGCUAGUGACUGCUAGCUAACUUGAUGGUCGUUAAUGUUAGCAAAACAAACUAGCUGAAAGGUUUAACGCUAACUAAUGACUGAUGUAAAUUAGCUAAGUAGCAUUUUGCUAACGUCCGUCGGAUGUAACUUCAUCAAAGGUUAGCUAGCUGGUUACAUUUGUAUGUUAACGUUAGCAAAAUGCUAAGCUAACUUGCGUAAUGGAUUAAAUUAAAGGGGCGGUUUGAUGAACUGAUGAAUAAAUGAGAUUAUAUCUGAACAUGUGGGAUCUUCCAGUUUAUUCUAUCUAAUUUAAAUCAGUUGAUCUGGAUUAUUUUAUAAUCUGUUUGAAUUUUUUGUCCUCAGGAUCUUUGUUUUCUUUUCAUGUUUUAUUGGUGUGACAUUUUGCACUGCCUCGUGUAUUUUAAAUCAUUUUGUUUGUGUUUUUGUCUCUGUUGCCUUGAAUUAUUGAAUACACCAUGCUUUACCAUCACUCGCCUUGAAGUCGCUCUUUUGUUUGUCGGUUUGUUUCGGAGCGAGUUUUUCAUUCCACGCAAACGUAUCCGGAGUCGAACCUCCAGCCCGUCGCUGAGCUCGACGUUUCUCAGAGCUAAAGUCACGUAUCGCGUUAGCUGAUGUUAGCGAAAUGCUAGCUAACUAAUAAUCGAUUGUACAGUAUCUAGUUAGUUAGCUAACAUUUUCGCCAACAUUAGCUGUCAGACCUCUAUCAGUACAUCAGUCUUAGCAGUCGUAGCUAACUAGCUAGCUAAAGCUAUUAAGGCUAACUAAUGUAAUUAAAAUUACAAAGUAGUUAGCUAGCAUUUUGCUAACAUUAGACAUCAUACGUAACUAGCUAAUCUGUGUCAGACGAUAGCGAGCUAGUUACAUCUGAUAGCUAAUGUUCAGUCGACCUUUGUGUUCUUCGUGUUUCAGUCCAAACGUUUUCCCGCUGAAUGAACCCGAGUGGAAUGAAGAUCUACUCUGUUUUUUCUGUUCACGUGAGAACCAAAGAAAUGUCGUCGUUAAGAAAGGUUCUUCAUCUCAUUAAUCACCACUAAUUAUCCCCAAUCCCAAUGCUAAUCUGGUAGUUAAUGUUAGCCAGAAGCUAGCUAACUAGCUAACUAAAGCUAUUAUUAAGUAACUUUUAAUUUUGCUAACAUAUCAGAUGUACCUGGUUAGCUAACUUAUAUCAAUUAAUAGCUAGUUAACAUCUGAUAGCUAAUGUCAGCAAAACUCUAGGUAGCUAAAAUGCUAACUAAAGAUUGAUGUAAAUUACCUAGCUCGUUAGCUCGUGUUUUGUUAACUUUAACUACCAGCUAGCCGGCUAAUCUACAUCAGUUCCACACAAACACGUCCCGUCAUCGUAAAAACUCGUUUUAAUUGUUGGUUUAUUUCAGAUUUUCAGCAUGUUGCUCUUUAUUUCUUUUUAUUUUGUUUCACAGCAACUGAGAUGAAUUUUAAACUGAGACAAAUUUGAACAGCUAAAACACACACACACACACACAAACUAGUGGCGAGGUCCGCCACCGAUCACGCAGUGCGAGUGUGUUUGAGUCCUACUGUACAGAUGAUGAACACGUCUCCUGUGAGGCGGCAGGUGGACGUCCUGACGUGGAAAAUAUCUGCUGAUAAACGCUGUCUCUUUUUAAUAAAUGUGCUAUUUUAUCAGAA